GAAUUAUCACACAUGAGAAAUCAAGAAGCCCUUCUAAUCUAACCGCGACAUUACGACAAUACGUGAAGAUAUAAUCCAUGAUCAACUUAAGAUUACCUGGCUACUUUGAGAUUAAAGCACGGAGUUAGUGCCAUUAAAAUCAUGGAGCUGAUUGGAAGUGUGCACAUUAGCUUUCUAGCUACAAUCACUAUUUUUACCAUUUUGAUCUACUAUUUAGUUCUGGGACGAUUGGCACGACCCACGGUGAAAUUUAAAGAAGGAAAUACCAUAGCGUCAAAAGAAACAAACACCUUUCGUGUUAGCGGUGUGCCGGUCGAUUGGGACUCUCAAGAAUUGCAAACUUUCCUACGAGAUCAAGAGAGCAUUAAAGGUGUGGUGGAGAUUGAGUCCCUUGCCUCCGAGAAUGACGGCAGAUCCCAGAUGGCCACAGUUACUUUUGAAAAUACACCUUCUCAGCUUCAACAUGGCCGCCGUUGGCCCAUUCCAAUUCCGGCGGUGUCUAAUACUAACAUAAAGCCUGGCCGCAAACAACACCUGACAAUUGACAGGGACUUUCAUGGUAUAACUGCACUCUACACACCGUCUCCACAAGAUUAUAAAAUAGAUGUUAUUGCAUUAUCCGGCCUUGGAGGACAUGCCUUUGGCUCGUUUAAGGAGAGGGGUGGAAGCCACAUGUGGCUGCGUGACUCUCUCCCCCACGAUCUCACCUUAGAAACCAACAAUCAACCGAUAGCUCGGAUCAUGAUCUACGGCUAUGAGUCAACUGUUGCCAGAAGCGAGAGCAUGCAGAACCUAGAAGACUUCGCUACUAAUUUUAAUGCUAGCCUGCAAAUGCUCGCAAACGCUACAACAACCCGACCCAUUAUUCUUAUUGGCCAUAGUCUCGGAGGGCUAAUCAUUAAGCAGGCCUUGAUAUCUUUAUCGCGAUCGAAAAAUGAAGAUGAUCAAAAGCUUAUCCGUGCUAUAUACGGGGUCGUCUUCUUCGGAACCCCUCAUCAUGGCAUGGACAUCAGCUCGCUGAUCCCCAUGGUUGGAGAUGGACCAAACCGUUCACUAAUAGAGUCUCUUAAUCAUUACAAUUCACAGACACUGACAAGUCAACAUCGAGAUUUUGUUAGCGCCUUAGGUGGCGAGGGUGAUUCGGAAGUCUUUUGCUUCUAUGAGACUCUUCGGUCACCAACAGCACAGAAAAGUCAAUCGGGAAAAUGGGAAAUGUCUGGGGCUAAGGCAAUUCUUGUAACAAAGUCUUCAGCCACGCAUUGUCGUCCCUGGGAAGAUGGCGCGGAGCAUAUCUGUGCCAUUAACCGUUCGCACUCUGACAUGGUGAAGUUUGUACCUAAUGACCCUGAUUAUCUAACUGUACGAGACAAGAUCAAGGGCCUUGCUAGACGGGCUUUUAAAGGGCGAGGUCGAUUGCAAACAUCGACAUCAAAGUUUCUGGUACCAUACAGUCAGAACCCAGAUUUUGUUGCAAGAUCUGAAAUUCUACAUAAAAUCAAGGAGCAGUUUGGGUUAAGCCAACAGCAAGGACCUGUUCAGUCGCGCAGAAGAGUGGCACUUUAUGGUCUUGGCGGCGUUGGGAAAACGCAAAUUGCAUUAGCCUAUGCGUACUGGCUUCGAGAGGCACACCCAGAUAUCUCAGUAUUUUGGGUUCAUGCUAGCAAUACAGAUCGCUUCCGCGAAUCAUAUGCUUCUAUCGCAAAGAAAUGCAAUAUAUCUGGGUGGGACGACCCAAAGGCUGAUAUAUUGUUACUUGUUCAAGCUUGGUUAAAGGAUCAAGCCGAAAUGCAAUGGUUAAUGAUAAUCGAUAAUGCUGACGAUGCGGAGCUUUUCUUUCCUAAUUUACAGGAGAGAGAUAUGCUGAGCAUGGAAAAUCAAGCAACUCAAACAAGCAACAGCCUAGCUCGCUAUAUACCAGAUUGCAAUCACGGGUCAAUCCUUGUUACAACUAGAAACAAGAAAGCAGGCCUUAAAUUGUGCGCGAAUAAUUCUCCUAUUGAGAUUGGCAACAUGACCAAAAGCGAAUGUCACAAUCUUUUGCAGAAGACACUAAGUGGCCAACAACUUUCUGAAGAUGAGACAUCUCUUCUAUCGUCAAGGCUUGAGCACCUGCCUCUUGCCCUUGCACAAGCAGCUUCGUUUAUUCAAGAAAAUUUUAUAUCCAUAGAUACCUACAUCCAGCUGUUGGAUGAGAGCGACUCUACAUUCGUCGAUCAGCUCAGCGAGCAAUUUGAAACUGUAGGAAGAGACUCUGAGACCCCACACGCGGUCACAGCAACCUGGAUCAUAUCUUUCGAGCAAAUCAAGCAGCAAGAAGAGUUGGCAAGCGAUAUUCUCUCGUUCUUAAGCCUGUUUCAUUUUCAGGCAAUCCCAGAAGACUACGUGAAGGAUUACUAUCAGCGAAACGCAAAACAGGUUCAAGGCAGCACAUCAAAAGUGCUUAUAAAGGCAUUAGGUACUCUUAAAGCUUUCUGCUUCAUCUCAGGGGGAGAGGAUGGAAGCCUUACUAUGCACAGACUAGUGCAGUUAGUAACACGAAAAUGGCUUAUCAAUAAGGGCAAAAUGAAUGAGUUUACCGAAUACGCUAUUGAAACGAUGUCAGCUAAUUACCCAUAUGGAAAAUUUGAAACUCAUGACACCUGCAUGAGAUAUCUUCCCCAUGCAAAGUCUGUGCUUAAACAAGAUAGAGCCGACUUGGGUGAUAAGGAUAUAAUUAAGGCAUUACUUUUGCAUAAUAUGGCAGGAUAUUUUACCUAUAAGGGAGAAUGGAAAGAAGCGGAAGACCUAAGGUUACAGGUAAUAAAGAUAAGUACGAGGGUGCUUGGAGCAGAGCACCCAAAUACACUUACUAGUAUGGGUAAUCUUGCAUCAACAUAUUGGAACCAGGGUCGAUGGAAAGACGCGGAAGAACUAGAGGUACAGGUAAUGGAGAUAAGCAAGAGGGUGCUUGGAGCAGAGCAUCCAGAUACAGUCGCCAGCAUGGGCAAUCUUGCAUCAACAUAUUGGAACCAGGGUCGAUGGAAAGACGCGGAAGAACUAGAGGUACAGGUAAUGGGGACAAGUAAGAGGGUGCUUGGAGCAGAGCAUCCACAUACACUCACUAGUAUGGGCAAUCUUGCAUCAACAUACCGGAAGCAGGGUCGAUGGAAGGAAGCAGAAGACCUAGAGGUACAAGUAAUGGAGAUAAGCAAGAGGGUGCUUGGAGUAGAGCAUCCUAAUACACUUACUAGUAUAGGUAAUCUUGCAUUAACAUAUCAGGACCAGGGUCGAUGGAAAGAGGCGGAAGACUUACAGAUACAGGUAAUGGAGAUACAGAAGAGGGUGCUUGGAGCAGAGCAUCCGGAUACACUUACUAGCACGGCCAGUCUUGCCUUUACCUGGAAAGAUUUAGGCAGAUUAAGCGAUGCUAUAGCGUUGAUGGAGAAGUGUGCUUCUAUCAGAGAGCGGAGAUUAGGGCAAGGUCAUCCCGAUACAAUAUUGUCUCUAUCGACCUUAGAUAAAUGGCGAAGUAUUUAAAAUAGCUAUAUCUAGUUCUAUUGCAGUAGAUAGACGUUGGGGUAAUAUAUAUAUCUCCAUGUGUCUAUGCUGGCACUUAUACUGCAUAACCCGGAG